CUCUGGGCGCUUCUUCCGGGUAGGGCCCGGGGCAGAGGCGAUGGCGCCCUGGGCGCUCCUCAGCCCCGGGGUCCUGGUGCGGACCGGGCACACCGUGCUGACCUGGGGAAUCACGCUGGUGCUCUUCCUGCAUGACACCGCUCUGCGGCAGUGGGAGGAGCAGGGGGAGUUGCUCCUGCCCCUCAUCUUCCUGCUCCUGGUGCUGGGCUCCCUGCUGCUCUACCUGGCUGUGUCACUCAUGGACCCCGGCUACGUGAAUGUUCAGCCCCAGCCCCAGGAGGAGGCCAAAGAGGAACAGACAGCCAUGGUCCCUCAGACCAUCCCCCUUCGGCGCUGCAGAUACUGCCUCGUGCUGCAGCCCCUGCGGGCCCGGCACUGCCGUGAGUGUCGUCGCUGCGUCCGCCGCUACGACCACCACUGCCCCUGGAUGGAGAACUGCGUGGGGGAGCGCAACCACCCGCUCUUCGUAGCCUACCUGGCGCUGCAGCUGGUGGUGCUUCUGUGGGGCCUAUACCUGGCGUGGUCUGGCCUCCGGUUUUUCCAGCCCUGGGGACUGUGGCUGCGGUCAAGUGGGCUCCUGUUCGCCACCUUCCUGCUGCUGUCCCUCUUCUCGUUGGUGGCCGGCCUGCUCCUGGCCUCACACCUCUACCUGGUGGGCAGCAACACCACCACCUGGGAGUUCAUCUCCUCUCACCGCAUCGCCUACCUCCGUCAGCGUCCCGGGAACCCCUUCGACCGCGGCCUGAUCCGCAACCUGGCCCACUUCUUCUGCGGCUGGCCCUCGGGGUCCUGGGAGACCCUCUGGGCCGAGGAGGAGGAGGAGGGUAGCAGCCAAGCUGUUUAGGGUUGCUGGAGGCAGGGACACCAUCUUGUGCCUGAAAACCGGAGGGGCGCACCCAGCCGGGGCCGGCCCUCAGAGGGCCUGGGGCUCCUCACUCCUGCCCAGUCCUCCCAGGCCUCAGAGCUGAACCACAGAACCCCAGCCUCAGUGGGCAGUCCUGCCCUCUGAAGGAAGAACGGGAGGAAGAGGACCUGCGGGGGGCUCAGAUACAAACGACCCAGGCUUCUGAGACCCCCACCCACCUCCCGAGGCAGGCUGCCUCCAGUGCAGUUUUAUAACUUUAAUAAUCCAUAAAGCAAGUCAAGUAUUAAAAAACAAA